UAUCGAGACGGUAUCUGAGGAAGUGAAUAGUAUUGUACCAGAUCACAGUGUAGUAUAAUUUUACACAUGUCCUCUGAACUCCACAAUAAACAUGAUUAUAUAGUGUUGAAUCAUAGAAAAAAAAAAUAAACUCAUUUUCUGUCUUUUAUUUUUUUUUUAAACUUAAUAUUGUUACAAUCCAAUGAAUCCAUUAUUAAAGCUUAAUCACAGUGAAGAAAAUGGUCGGGAGCCUUCGGGCCUGCAAAGGUCUUGCAUACUGACCAUCACAACUCAAUGUUUAAAUUAUCCACUGCACUGCAUUCAGAUAAAAAUCUGUAAUAUUGUCUGUUCUUUUUUAUUUGAAACAUUGUUUUGUGGAAAUAAAAGCUCUCUCUCUAGACCUGCUACCAGUCAAUUAGUUAGCCAGUUAUUUGUUUCAGAUGCAUGAGAUUGAUGGUAAAGGAAAUCAUAAUCGACCAGUGGUUACGUAAACCACUCCACACGAGCGAGAUGUCCAGCAAUCCUUUUGUAGAUGAUUAUCCACACAGGAUGCGGAUCUGCAAAGGGUGAUCACAAGUGAGGGGGCACGAAGUCUGGCCAUCUUCUUGCACAUAAUUAUCCCCCACAGAAGUCAAACAAAUCCAGGGGUACAGUGACGAGCUAUUCCUAGCGCUUCGCAUGAUCAUACAAUGAACCACUUAUAAGUGCUUCCUUCUAUCAAUGCCUAGCUGCCUAACUUUAAUUUGUAUAGGACAAUCGCAUGGGUGACGUAUGAUGCUUUCGCUUAUAUCCAAUUCUUUUCAGUAUUUGCAUCAGCUUAUGAGUUCAGGGGUUUAAACACUUCUGAUAUUCAAGUUACAGAUCCUGUAAUAGUGCAUCCUAUAAUACCUACAUCUACUUACUUUCGUAAAAAGCUUUACAGCAGGCCGAGAAAAUGAGUUUUUAUGGAGGAGUAGAGGGUGGGGGUACCCAGACAAGUGCAGUAAUUUUGAAUGAAAGGGGAGAAGAGUUGGCCUGGGCUUAUGGUGGAUGCUCCAAUGCUUAUCAAGUCGGGUUGGAUGAAGCAACUGACACAAUAAACUCCAUUGUAGAAGAGGCAAAAAAGAAAGCUGGAAUACCAGCCGAGCAGUGCUUGAAAACUCUUGGACUAUGUCUCAGUGGGGCACAAGAGUCUAUGGUAAAUAAAUUUAAUGAAAAAUAUCCAAAGCUUUCCAAUAGCAUUGUUAUACAUAAUGACACUCUUGGGUCACUGGCAACUGUUUGCAAAGGAGGUGGAAUUGUACUCAUUGCUGGUACUGGGUCAAAUUGUAUUUAUGGAAGCGAAGAUGGAAAGGUUACAAGAUGUGGAGGAUGGGGACCGUUUAUGGGGGAUGAAGGUGGUGCAUGGUGGAUAUCUCAUCGUGCAAUUAAAUAUUUGUUUGAUGAUGAUGAUAAUUUAAAUCAGUCUCCUGCUAAAACAGAUGUUGUGCGCAAGCUCAUGCAUGAGUAUUUUAAAGUGAGCGACAAUGAUGGAAUGUUGGAUCAUUUCUACACGAAUGCAAGCAAGACAUUCUUUGCGGGCUUUACUAAAUUGCUAGCAGAAGCCGCCACAAAUGGUGAUGAUUCACUAUGUAAAUUGGUGUUUGCUGAAGCUGGCCGUGAUCAAGCAAAACAUAUUUUAGCAGUACUGCCAGCGGUUUCUAAUGAUUUGUUAGAGAGCCAUGAUGGUUUGCAAAUAAUAUGUGUGGGUUCUGUGUGGAAAAGUUGGCCUCUCUUAAAAGAUUCAUUUGUGUCAUGUCUCAAGCAUGAGUCGAAGAGGAAGAUUUCAGCAAUUACACUUCUUCGUCCAGCAAAGUCAAGUGCUAUUGGAGCAGCUUUACUUGGCUCUAAGGAUUGUGCGGAAGUCAUUGAAAUGGAUUUAACCAACAAUUCUACAUUGCUUCAUAAACAAGCACUAUGAUCAUUGCAAGCAACUGUCAAAUUAUUCAUGAACUGAUUUCAUGGUCAAUUUAUAGCAAUCUUUCAUCAUGUGCAAUUUAUCACCCAAAUCUUUAUUUUUUGAAUAAAUGUAAAAUCGAGAUUUAGUGAGUGCUAAAAGUGAUAUUUUAAAUAAAAUACUUUCUAUUCAAACAUUUGAAUCAGUGGUUAUUAGUUAGAUUCUGUAAUGUUGACAUUAAGAAUUUCAUAUAUUUGCAAUUAAUUACAUAAUUGUGUUUUUAAUUUUUCUCAGAA